AUGGAGAGCGAGAAGUACUUGCCGGAGCUUAUGGCAGAGAAGGACACGAUGGACCCGUCUUUUCUUCACUCCCUGCGGCUACUGGAUCAAGAGAUCGAAAAAAUUCAGAAAGACGAGGGGAAGGAGGAGGAGAAGUUCAUCGACGUUGUCAUCAACAAGAACAUGAAACUGGGCCAGAAAGUUUUAAUACCAGUCAAGCAGUUUCCUAAAUUUAACUUCGUCGGCAAACUCCUCGGGCCACGCGGGAACUCGUUAAAGAGGCUACAGGAGGACACCCUCACGAAGAUGUCAAUUCUCGGAAAAGGAUCCAUGAGAGACAAAGAGAAGGAAGAGGAGCUACGGCAGAGCGGCGAGGCCAAAUAUCACCACCUGAAUGAAGACCUGCACGUUCUCAUCGAGGUGUUCGCCCCCCCGGCUGAGGCCUACGCCAGGAUGGGUCACGCUCUGGAGGAGAUCAAGAAGUUUCUCAUACCAGAUUACAAUGAUGAGAUCAGACAGGCCCAGCUGCAGGAGCUCACGUACCUGAAUGGUGGCUCGGAGGAUGCCAAGGUGCCAGCGGUGAGGGGCAAGUCAGCCGUCCGUGGAAGAGGGACACCUGUUCCGGGGCCUCCCAGGACUCGAGGAGGAGUUCCCUCCCUGCAUGCUGCCGUGCCAAGAGGAGCAGCACCCAGAGGAGCCCCGCUCAGCCGCGCCCCAUCCUCCAGAGGGAGGGGGGUGCAGAGAGCCAGAGGUGCACCACCUGCUGCUGGAUACCGACCAGCUCCUCCCAUUGUCCAGGACACAUAUGAAGAAUAUGAAUAUGACGAAGACUACGGAACAGCUUAUGAUGACCAGGGAUACGAAUCGUAUGACAACACCUACACUAAUCAAGGACAAAACUCAGAUGACUACUAUGAAUAUGGAACAGAAGGGAAUUCGUAUGAUUCGUAUGGUCAGGAAGAGUGGGCAAACAACCGCGGCAAGGCAACGUCGGCACGAGCAGCCAAGGGAGUGUACAGAGAUCAGCCAUACACCAGAUAUUGAACUGUUUAUACAACCCGCACCUGAGUCCCCAUGGCUGUUUCAACCCAAGUAAUGGAUUUUUUAUGGACACUCCCUCCUUUUUAGAACUGAAAACUAAAAAGCAAAUGAGACACAGAUAGCACAACACUGAAAUAGUUAAAAACUGGUUUGCAAAGAAAAAUCCCUCUGAUUAUUAAA